GGCACGCUUGGGCCACGUGACUCCGGUGGACCAGUGACGUGUCGCCGAGCAUGUGAGCAGGAAGCAGGAAGCAGGAAGCGCCUGCUCCGACAUCUCAACAUGAUAACAGACGACGCCAACGACGAGGACGUGUCUCUGUUUGACGCGGAGGAGGACGCGGGCAAAAGGUCGAAGAAGUCAAAUAUCAAGCAUCCGGUGGCGUCCUUCUUCCACCUCUUCUUCAGAGUCAGCACCGUCGUCGUCUACCUGCUCUGUGAGCACAUCAGCAGGAGCUUCAUCGCCUGCAUGGUGUCAAUCAUCCUGCUGCUGUCAUGUGACUUCUGGACGGUCAAGAACAUCACUGGGAGGUUGAUGGUCGGUCUCAGGUGGUGGAACCAGGUGGACGACGACGGACGAAGCCACUGGGUGUUCGAGUCGAGGAAGGCAACUGGGAAGCAGCAGGCGUCGGACUCGGAGUCUCGGAUCUUCUGGCUUGGGCUGAUCGUCUGUCCCGUCCUCUGGGUCAUCUUUGCCUUCUCCACCCUCUUUUCCUUCAAUAUUAAAUGGCUGCCUAUCGUGAUCAUGGGCGUCGUGUUGCAGGGAGCCAACCUGUACGGAUACGUUCGGUGUAAAGUUGGCGGCAAGACCAACUUGAAGAACAUGGCCACGAAUUACUUUGGACGACAGUUCCUCAAACAGGCGCUGUCCAAAGAAGAGGAGUCGUAGACGGCAGAUCUGCGAUUUUAACGUAUGAUGUAUAUUCUUUUAGCGAAGCGGACAGAUGGAUAGAAGAAACUCUUUUUGCAACACAAACUGAAAAUAACAAGACUGACUUUUUCCAUUCUUUCCCCUUCUUAAUAUGAUUUGUGACUCAAUCAGUCCCAACAGAGAGAGUCCACAGAGAGGUCAGAGGUCAGGUCACUGUUUUCCUCAACUGAAGCUCGGCAAUAAAAAACUCAUCCUUCAGUGUAAAUGUGGGAAAGAGAGAGAAAGUGUUUGGAAAUGUUAAACAGCCUGUUGUAUUGUAGUCUCACAUCCUCCUCACAUUUAUUAUUUAGUUUUGUGUUUUCAUUACCUCUUAACUUUAUCUUUAUAUAUACUUAAUAAAAAAAUCGGAGUUUCUGAGAAGUAUUGUGAUUGUUAGUAUGAGAGACAGGGUUGUAAAGUAACAGUGUAAAAGUGUCCAGGACAUUUGUAAACAUGAAUGUAAAGAAACUGCAACAUCUUCUUUUGUGCAAAUACAUUUGUAACAUAAA